GUCCCAACUUCUUUUGCGGAUCCAUCCAUCGACACACACAUACCAAUGCCUAAUUAAAAAAAUAUCUCAACACAAACACACACACACACACACACACCUUCCAUCCAUUCUUCCAUUAAAAUCUCUCCCAAAACCCCUUCUCUUCACCAUAAAUCAUGAUUCUCCCUUCUUCCUUCCUUUCUCUCCUCCUCCUCCUCUCUCUUUCCUCCUCCGUUCAAUCUCUCACCUCCCCUUCUGAUGUCUUCGCCCUCAAAGCCUUUAAAUCCGCCAUUAAACCUUCCUCCAUUCCCCCUUGGUCCUGUUUAGCUUCUUGGAAUUUCUCCACCGAUCCCUGCGCCCUCCCUCGCCGCACCUUCUUCUCUUGCGGCCUCCUCUGCAACUCCGCUGCCACUCGUGUCACCCAACUCACCCUCGACCCUGCUGGCUACUCCGGUACUCUUUCUCCACUUAUCUCCAAACUUACUUACUUAACUGUUCUUGAUCUCUCUGAUAAUUCCUUCUCUGGUUUCAUCCCCUCUGCAAUUUCCUCUCUUUCUAAUCUCCAAAUCCUCACUCUCCGAUCCAAUUCCUUUUCUGGAUCCAUUCCCCCUUCUAUUUCCAAUCUCAAAUCACUUGAAUCUUUGGACUUUUCUCAUAAUUCCCUCACUGGGAAUCUCCCCAAAUCUCUGCAUUUUCUCUCUCUUUUAAGACGUCUCGAUCUCAGCUUCAAUCAACUCACCGGCUCUCUUCCUAAACUCCCACCUAACUUACUCGAACUCGCCUUAAAACGAAAUUCCCUUUCUGGGUAUUUGGAUAAAUCGUCUUUCUCCGACUCCACUCAAUUGGAAGUUAUCGAACUAAGUGAGAAUUACCUCGCCGGAACCUUACCGUCUUGGUUCUUCCUCCUUCCCUCUCUUCAACAGAUCAAUCUCGCUAAUAAUAGUUUAACGCAUAUCGAGAUCUCCCCUGCCACCGCUGGUGGUAGCGAUCUCGUUGCCAUCGAUUUGGGGUUCAACAGAAUCGAAGGGAACGUGCCGGUGAAUUUCGUCACCUAUCCGGCGUUGUCGUCGUUGUCGCUACGGUACAAUCGGUUACGUGGCGUGAUCCCAUUAGAGUUCAGUAAGAAGAAAACAAUGAAGAGAUUAUACUUGGAUGGGAACUUCUUGACCGGGAAGCCACCGGCGGCAUUCUUCUCAGGCGGUGAAGAUCCAGUUUUCGGUAGCUUGGGGGAUAACUGUCUGCAGGGAUGUCCACAGUCAUCUCAGCUGUGCGCUCCGUCGCAGAAGCCGAAUGCGGUUUGCAAAGAAGCGUACGGAAACGGGAGGGGAAGAGGAAAACCGAUGACUUGAAACCGACAUGUCGGUCAAUUAUAUUAAUUAUAUCGGUUCCUUUUUCUUUUGAAUUUUACGAUGCAUCGGCCUUUGUAUAGUUUGGGUUUUUUUUUUUUUUUUUUUUAAUGUACUUU